AGCCCCGAGGAAUCUCCAGGCUUAACAUCAGACACCUCCGACCCAGCACGCCCAGAGCUGGGGACAGGAACAUCAGCGGGGCUGAGUUUUCAAAUUACGUCAUCACGGCUAUUGAGUGUCUACAUCUGCAUCCUUUUCCCCUCAACAAUCUCACGGGCAGCUGAGUGUGGCGAGUGGGAAGGGUGAGGAGCAGGGGGUGGAGUCUGCUAUUUUAUGUAUUGCCUUCAUAAGGCUUGCACUGCCCUGGAGCACUGAGGCAGAGCCACUAGGACAAGGACACAACUGGAGCUGCCAUUGCAGAAGCCCCUGCCAUGGGGACAGCUACACCCCAAACCCUCAUCACUUUACUCUCCAUAGCAGCAGCGAUUGCCGUGGCAGAAGACACCUGCCCAGAGGUGAGGAUCGUGGGUCUCAGUGGCUCCGAUAGACUCGCCGUUCUCCAAGGCUGCCCGGGCCUGGCUGGAGCCGCAGGGCCCAAAGGAGACCCCGGAGCUGCAGGAAUGAGAGGUGAAAAGGGGGCGCAGGGAAUCCCAGGGAAGGCAGGACCACUGGGGCCAAACGGUGGCAAAGGGGCGAAUGGUUCCCCUGGUCCAAAAGGUGAUAAAGGAUCUCCUGGAGCACCUGGAACCAUCGGAGAGGGGGAGCUGGACAGCCUGCAGUGUAAGAGAGGAGCGAAGAACUGCAAGGAGCUGCUAACCAGAGGGAACCUCCUGAGCGGCUGGUACACCAUCUACCCCCACGACUGUAACGCCCUGACCGUGCUGUGUGACAUGGACACGGACGGCGGGGGAUGGAUUGUGUUCCAGAGACGGGCGGACGGCUCUGUGGAGUUUUUCCGCGACUGGGCUUCGUACAAGAGGGGAUUCGGCAGCCUGCUCUCAGAAUUCUGGCUGGGGAACGACAACAUCCACCUGCUGACGUCCCAAGGAAACCAUGAACUCCACAUUGACCUCAAAGACUUCGAAAACAACAAGCAGUUUGCCAAGUACAAGUCAUUCAAGAUUGCAGGAGAGACGGAGAAAUACAAACUGAUUCUCGGAGACUUUCUUGGCGGCACUGCAGGUGAUUCACUAUCCCCGCACAAGGACAUGCGGUUUUCAACCAGAGACAACGACAACGACCUGAGUUCCAACGCCCGAAACUGUGCUGAGAUCUACAAGGGGGGCUGGUGGUACAAGGACUGUCACUGGUCCAACCUGAACGGGCUGUACCUGGCUGGUACCCACGCCAGCUUUGCUGACGGGGUGAACUGGAAGACGGGCAAAGGUUACAACUAUUCCUACAAGCAGUCGGAGAUGAAGUUUAGGCCCGUGUAGCUCAGCAGACGACAGGACAGAACCGCUCCGUGUCCUGCCAAGAACACGUGCUUUUCGCUAGCCACACGUCUCCUCUCUCCCUCCGCCUGCGGGCGCCACGUGUGGGGAAUGCCCCCAUCUUCCUUUUGGUGCCACUUCCACCUGUGACAGUGCCUUGGCUGCCCAGCUAACAGCUGCUUCCCACACUGUAGGGCUCCUGGCUGGAGAGAUGAGUGCGAGUGGCCCCCUCUUUCUGGCCAAGCAGCACUGAGUUCUACUGAGUCGGGCUUAGCUGCCUGCUCCAUGGUUAAGGUAGUGGACUGGGACUCCAGCGACGGGGGCUCAUGUACUGCUUCUGCCAUCCAGUCCCUGGGCUAUCUUGGGCUUCCACGAGGAGUCCAGGUAGUUCGGAAUAGGAAGCCUAAUCCGAACUAUCUAGUGCGUGCCAUGUGUAGCUGCGGGCACGGAGUCUGAGCUAGCGGACAUUUCAAAAUGGCGAUGCCCAGCAACAUGCAAAUGAAGCCCGGGAAAUUCAAAUCCCGGGCAUCAUUUGCAACUCCGGUUGCCUACAUUAACCACCCUAGUUCGAACUAGGGUGGUAGUGUAGACAUACCAACUUACCUGUUACAGUAAGACUCAGAAAACCUUUUAAAUAAAACUAACACACAACACAAGAAUCACCCUCACUUUCUUGAAGGCACUUGAAGCAAUAAGUAGCAAGGCUGAGGUUACACUGCGAACGUGGCUUUCUGUCUGCCACGAGGACUUUUUCCUUCAGGCUGCCAGGAGAGUCUACCCUUACGUGAAGGAGAGAGGUGUCUCUGAGUUGCUCUUCCAAAUUUCACACAAGCCAUUCAACUGAAGCCGUAGAUGUCAAGAUUCAAGGCCAACCUUGCCUUGGGCAGACUGCCUCGCCAGCUGUUCACACUCACAAUAGCUGAACCCGUUACAAGACUUUUAGUUGAGAAAGCCAUGUUAAUCCCAAGUCUCUGCUAGGACUGGGAGAUGUGGGUGACCGAUAGAAACCACCAGCAUUUUCUUUGGAAAAUCCAGAACAAAACAUGGAGGGAAUCCAUCACCUCGGUAAUGCCAAUUCCUUUAGAGCUGAGGCCUGGAUUAUCCAGCACCAGCUGAGUAGAGCAGGCACCGUGUGCUCAUGGCUGAUAGCAGUUUUGGUAAAAAUGUGCCUGCCCAACUUGCCAAAGGAGAAAGGAAACGGAGGCCGAAAGGAAUGGUUUAGAGCAGUGUUUCCCAACCUGAUUUUUAUAAAGCA